GGGAAUUAUAGUGCUCAAUAUUUUAUCCCGUGGGUUUGAAUUACCUUAUCCAUACCUCAUAUCAGGGAUGGAUUCUAAUAAUCCAGCCUAGCUUAUCUGUCACCAAAGAAAUAAGACAUACUUCGAAGUCUACAAUCAUAUCUCAAUAUUUGAAAAAUCUGUUACAUGUAAUACACCGUAUCAUAUCAAACGCGUAGUUAAAAUCCUCCCCUUGAUACUUAGUUAGUCCACAUGGCGUAUAUACAUACGUUCGUACAUGUAUUCAAUAGGUUCUGAUACGUAGAACUAGCUUUAGAAGAAUAAAUCAAUUGUGUUCCGUAAACCCAUACGCAGUAGAUGUCGUAAAUAAUACGUCAAUACACAUACCGGCAUAUACAAACGUAAUAAGAAGAAAGCUGUUCACGGCAUCUAGUUUUAUAGAUGUGUAUUUACAUUGUCCAAUAUUGAUAAAUAAGUUAUGAAAGACUCAACGUUAUAUAAAACCAAUUUGCAUUGUUAUACAUAUGGAAACAUCAAGAUUUGAAAAUAGUUCAAAAGAAAAACGAAAGUCCUUUACCACCCGUAAUGACAUCACUAAUGGGAUUUGAAUGGCAGGUAACAGCUUAUCUUUCAUCAGGACAUCCAGUGAGCUAGCUUUUCAAAUAUCAGCUGACAUAAUGAUUACGAUCAGUUGGCUCAGAGACUUAAACAAAAUAUGAAGUUCGCGUUCGAUGGUUUUUACCAUUACUUGUGAGGAAUUGGUGCACUACACUAAAACAAAACCUGAACCAGUUGACCAAAUGAUCGGCUACAACUUUUAGACGUGAUUCGUUAGGCAACUUUUCCAUCGACUGACAAAGUAUUUAACAUCCGAGUAUUAAAUAUGGCGGCCACACUGGUGAACGCUGUACUUCUGCUUGUUGUAGUUUUAAGUUUCUGCAUGGUCGACUGUAGAGUAAUUCAAACCACAAGCCUUCCGCCUUGUGAUCAACCCACAUAUUACGAAAACUGCCCGAGUGAUACGCUUCCCUCCAACAGUGUGUUUGACCCUAGCGUCGGGAUAGUUCAGCUAUCGUGCGGAACAUCGGCUCAAACGGAAGGCGAAUGCGUUACUCUCGGUGAUGAUAACAUAGCUGAGUCCUACAGGUGCCCUGCCAACUACGUGCUGGUGGGCAGUGAUAAUAAUAGGCCUGUCUGCUGUCAGCUCAAAGGCAUUUGCCUCACUGACUGCUUCAAACCAAAGAUACUGUAUUCAUUCAAACUUGGAUUUGAGUUUGAAAUCAAAGAAGGGUAUGCUCUGGUCGGCAAGUCUAGCUACGGAAGUUGUUCCGAGGAUCCAACCGUUUUUCAGAUAGAAGUUUGUGAACUAACCCAACAGGAGACAUCCCAACACCCAUAACACAACUGUUGGGUGAGAUAACUGGGAAACUCAACAUCGCGUACUGUCUUAGAAGUAUAUAUGUAUCACACUAGGAAAUAUAUCCAUGGAUCUGAUUGGUGGGGAAAUAAAAGGAGAAACAGGUCCGCAUUAUAAACUUUGAAUACCACGGUCUGGUGGGAAAAAAAAGCAAAGUAGCAUCUGGGAAAUACAUGUGUACAUUAUUAUAAGGACCUUUGCAUAAAAUUGCACAACUUAUGUGCUGGUAUAUAUGUAGUAAUACAUUUUCACAACUUCUGUUCUGGUAUAUACAUGUAUGUAGUAAUACAUUUUCUUCAAUUUGUAUUUACAUCGGAGCUGACACCGCAUGUAGUUGGUAGCUGUUCAUUAAAAGAGAAUGUAGUUUAACUCAUAGGUUGAGAGUGAUUUUAUUAAAUAUGUGAACUUACUUGAUUGAUCCAGGUGUGAUUCGAAUAUAUAACUAUAUAAUAUUAUAAAGGUUAAAUAUCCUUACGCAUCAUAAGAAUGAACAAAGUUUCAAAUGAAUAAACCAAAA